CGACCCAUGUUCGCCACAGUCACCAUUGGCGUCUGUCACUGCGGCGCGGGCUGUGUCUUGGGCGACAUCGUGGGCGAAUGGCUCAUUUGGGCCACCGGUGCCACGAUAGGCUCACCACCACGAGCACUCUGGGUCGAGUUCCUGGUCGACUUUGGAUUCGCGUUUGCGUUCGGCAUCGUCUUCCAGUACUUCUCCAUUUCGCCCAUGCUGGGCAAGUACGGUCCCAAGAUCAUCUACCGCGCCUUGAAAGCCGAUGCUCUUUCGCUCCUGUUUUUUGAGAUCGGACUGUUUGGCUGGAUGGCGAUCUUCCAGGUCGCUAUCUUUAAUUGGGAAUUGCCCAUGAACACAGUGACCUACUGGUGGAUGAUGCAGAUCGGCAUGUUUUUGGGGCACUGGACGGGUGUUCCGAUCAACUGGUGGCUCAUCAAGACAGGGGUGAAGACGCCCUGCGCCUAG